AACAUGGCGGCGGCAGCGGCCGGGCGGCGUGGCGGGGGGCUGGGGCGGCCCCCGGCUCCUCCACCCGUGCCCGUGGGGGAUCUGCCGCCCGCCGGAGAGUUGGUGCGUCCCUCGGUGACAGAGCUGUCCCAAGUGAGGACCAACAUCCUGUGCACGGUGCCCGGCUGCGGCAAGGUCCUGCCCAACAGCCCGGCCCUCAACAUGCACCUCAGCAAGGCUCACCCGCUACAGGAUGGAAAACUUAAUGCACCAAUAAGGAAGAGUUUGAAAACUUCACAGAAAUUCUACUGCUGUCCUAUUGAAGGCUGCCCUAGAGGACCAAACAGACCGUUUUCCCAAUUUUCUCUUGUAAAACAGCACUUUAUGAAAAUGCAUGCUGAAAAGAAGCACAAAUGUGAUAAAUGUAGUAACUCCUAUGGUACAGAAUGGUAUUUGAAACGGCACAUAGAGGUCUGUGGCAAAACCUUCCAGUGCACUUGUGGAUGUCCUUAUGCCAGCAGAACAGCAUUGCUGUCCCAUAUUUACAGAACUGGCCACGAAAUUCCUGCAGAACACAGGGAUCCUCCUAGUAAGAAAAGGAAAAUGGAAGCCUCUGUACAUAAUCAGCAGUUGGCAGAGAAAGCAAACGAAGCACUCAUCAAUACCCACAAUAAUAAUCCUGGCACUCAGGAACUGGAGUCCUCUGAAGUGAAAGUAGUGGCCUCUCUCAAAGGCUCCUGCAGUUCUACCUUCACGAACCAAAUGCAGCCAAAAUGUACACCCAAGAUGCUUUUGCCAAAGCCCAAGGUGGCUUUGGUUAAAGUUCCAGUGAUGCAGCUUGCUCACUUGCCUGUCUAUGUAUCUGCAACAGACUCUGCUGUCAAACCUGCUGUAGUGGCUGUUGAUAAUCAAGGUUCAGUUGUAAGUACUGUUCACUUAUUGCCUCAAUCUAUAGGAAUCCUGAUCCCAGCACUGGAGGCAGAAACUCUUGUAUUUCAAGACAGUAUGCCUGUUUCAAAAGUGACAAAUUCUGUUGAUAAUGAACCAGUAAGUACUGGUGUACAAGUUGAGCUGGAUAAGAUUACAUCGAAUAACACAGGGCAAGAGCUGGGGAAUGUUUGUCACAAGAAUAAAAUUUCUUCAAUAAAUAUCCAGACUGACUUAUCUUAUAUUUCACAGAACUUUGUGCCAGCUGCAUCCUGGACUCCCAGUUCUUCUGUAUCCUCUUGCUCUCAGACAGAUCUCUCAUUCAGUUCACAAGUUUCAUUACCCAUCAGUGUACAAACACAGACACUGCUGCCUGCUUCCAAACUGACUUCAUCUAUAGCUGCUCAGACUGAUGCUUUUAGUCAGGUUUGUUUUCCAAUGUGUGGCAUUUCUAGAGAGACUCAAACCAGUAGGACACAGGACUUGAUGGAUGGAAGAGUGCAAAUGGACCAGGCUGUAAUGUGCAGUGACAUCUUUGACAACGUUCAUUCCUCAUACAAUGUUUCUACUCACACUGAGCUUCCAGAAAACAAUUUAAUGCCUGCAAAUAUAGAUCAAACCUUGCUGCAAAGGAGUAACUGCAAGAGCCUGAAUCAAGAUACAGAGAAGUCUGAAUCCCUUAUCAGCUUCAAUACACAGACUAAUAUACUUCCACCUCAAAAUACUACAGAUAAUCAAACGCAGACGAUGGAUCUACUAAAUGAUCUGGAAAACAUCUUUUCAGGAAACAUGUCUGGCCAGACACUGGACAAUCGUGGUCUUCUGUCUGAGACAAGUUCUAAUGCUGACACUCAUCUGCCAUCUGGUCCAUCACAGAGCACAGGAAUAGACUUUGACAUUGAAGAGUUCUUUUCAGCAUCCAAUAUCCAAACUCAGACUGAGGAGAGUGAGCUCGGUACCCUGAACUCUGAGCCAGUUUUGGAGUCUCUGGACAUUGAAACUCAGACUGAUUUCUUGUUUUCAGAUAAUGCCACUCAGUCAUACAACUGCCGAGGAAACUCUAACUUCCUAGGUUUGGAGAUGUUUGAUACACAGACACAGACAGACCUGAAUUUCUUUUUGGACAGUAAUAGCCAUCUGCCUUUAGGAAGUAUUCUGAAGCAGUCGAGUUUCUCCAUGAGUACUGACUCAUCUGACACAGAAACCCAGACAGAAGUGUACCUGGCUACUAAAAAUAUACCUGCUCAAAAUAUUGAAAGCAAAGUCCAGCUCAGUAGCACUGAAACACAGACUAUGGAUAGCUGCUUUGAGAAUCUAGGGAGUUUAUUCCUCACCAGCAAUGAGACACAGACAGCAAUGGAUGACUUUCUUCUGGCUGACUUAGCCUGGAAUACAAUGGAGUCCCAGUUCAGCUCAGUAGAAACUCAGACCUGUGAAGAGCUGUGCUCCUUGUUUCAGGGCUCUGACAAGCCCAGCCACUGAAUACCACACAAAAUAACUGUUUCCUGUGGUUUGAAAUUAAGUUAUUGGGGUGGGAAGGAUGGCUUGACCAAGUUUUAUCUACUUUGCAUUAUUGAAUGUAGUUAUUGUCAGCAGAUGGCCUAAGAGACUUCUCAUGCUGCAGGUACUCUAUUGAAUAUGAUCCUUUACAUAAGCUAUGUGUGUAUGAAUGGGGGUAAGGAGGGGCUGUUACAUGUUAGUGUACAUUUGAACCUUAAAAAAAAUAAUUAUGUGGUGCCUAUGUUUUUUCUUCAAACUUAUUUAUAAUGCUGAUACUGCUUUCAUUUAAAUGGAAGAUCUCCUAAAGUUGUUCUUUAUAUCUCUGUCUAAUCCUGGCUUAUAUAUAGGGUUCCAAUGUGCUGGACCAAAAACCCAACCUGUCCGAUUCAGAUGCUUCCCUGAACUUGAGGGAGGAUUCUGUUAGUGUAAGCUACUUCUGUUUACUUUUUUUAGUAGCUUGUAUUUUAAAUCCAGCAUGAAUGCAGUAAGACAUGUUGUCUUCUUUUACUUUAUGCCAUCACAGCUUUUUCUCCUGCAUAAGUUGGUAUUUUCCAAAUACCUGUCUGAGACACUAGACGCAUACUGUUGAAUUGUUGAAUAUAUUUAUUAUUAAAAAUAUGUAGAAAGCAGAACUUUCAUAACUUUUUUCCCUGAGUGGCACUGAUGCCCUUUGAUGGGUAGGAUGAGAAUUUGGAAUACAUAGUUGCAGGGGAAAUUACUAUGUUGUCUUUAAGUUAGUGUAAUAAAUAGGACUAACAUUAAUAGAAUCUUGAGGAAGCAUUAAACUUUUUCUGUCUGUAAGAUGCAAAUGUUACAAUGUGUAUGCCUCCAAGACUGGAAUAAUUUGUGUUUGCUGAAGUUCUCUUAGCUUUACUAAGAUACAAGUUGAGAAAUGUUACAGUGGUUUAUAGCUCUGUUACCUCUACAGAAAUAUUCAGAAAUGGGAAGUUAAAUUCUCUACUUACUCACCUAGGCUCCUGUUUUUGGACUUCCUGCUUCCAAAAACAAUUGGGGCCUGUACAACAGAGGUGGGAGAUCAGCUCACAGAAGCCCUUUCAGAAUAGUUGUAUCUUGCUUUUGCACAUUGAUCUGCAGUUCCUUUGACUUUUCAAGUUUUUCUGAGUGUAGUCAAAUUGAAACUGUUUUUUCAGAGAAGAAACGUGUGACCUCUUGGAAUUUUUUUUUUAAUGUUCAUCUUUCCCCUCAUACCAUUGCUAGUAGUAUAUUUCAUUUGAUUUAAAAAAAAAAGAAAGCCAGUUGUGAAUGUACUUUAGAAUUUGGCCUUAACUAAUUUUAUGUUUUACUAUAUUACCUGCAAAAUGUAGGCCUCUGGUUUUGUCCCAGAAAGGCUUUGGUUUCUGUUACCUUAAAUGAAAAGAGAAACCUCUUCUUGUCAAGUUCCUGGGCCUGUAACAGACUUCACUCUCCCAUUAUCAGAGGAGAAUUAUGAGCUGUGUAUUUACUAGGCAGCCCAUCAGUAAUGUAUGUCCAAGCCUUAGUUUUUGAAGACUUGCUGUGCUAUGUGCUUCAUAUUCUCAGCUCAAGGAUGUGGAAGUUACUCAUCCUCUGCAGCUAACUUGUUUUGCUGAGAAUGACAAAUACCUGUUUUGGUUUUUUAAAUCUCUUUAUCACUAGUUAAAUUGCCAUAGUUAACACACUAGUAUGGUAAGCAUCUCUACUUGUACUGGAAAUAAUCUCUUUACAUUAACCCUGGAACUUAUUUUCCUCCUGAAACCACAGCUCUGUUGCCUGUUGUAAUUUUUCAGCAUUUGUAGGUGGCAGGUCAGACACUUCCAGUCUUUGGGUGAAGAAACUGCAGGAAGGAAUUUUGCAAUCUCUCCCAGGAGCACAGUUAAUUCUGCUUUGGGGAAUGACCCCCAGGUUCCACAGUGCCUGGAGUUCUGAUCUUAAAGGUGGGAUAUAGUAAAAAAAGAAGGAAGGGAUCAUUUGUAAUUCUCUUUCUUCUGAAGGUGUGACUGAUUGACAUUUACCUGCCUGGGUUGAAAUUGGGAAAUAAGUUGAUUUUUUUUUUUUUCAAUAGCAGUAUUUUUCUAGUAAUGUUGCAUCAUCAUAUUUUAAAGUUUUUUUCCUUUUCCAUUCUUGCCCCUGGCUGGAAUGCCAGAGAAUGUUUUAUCAUACAGGGGCUUCCAUGUUUCCCAUGUGCAAGCUGUCUGUACUGAUUCAUGAAAGAGAAGCAGGUACUACAGAGUUAGCUGGGGAAAACUGCAUUUUCCACAGCUGGAGAAGGCAGAACUGAAAAACUGUUCAUUACCUCUGAAUUUAGAAGUUUGAUCUGAUUUUCAAGGCACUGUCUCUAUUGUAAGUAUUGGUCAGCAGUGACUUAUUACUUUGCUUAUUCUCUUUUGAAUCCUCUCCUGCCAUUUGAACUGCUACACAAAAAGUAACAUCAGAUUCUCUGUUGCCUCUUAGAGCAGAUUUUUAUCUGGAAGUACUACUAAUAUUACCAGGACUUACUCUGCAUUUGCUGCUUAAUUUUGUUAUGCUGUGGUUGCUGGAUCUUGAUCUGGAUGUCUGUGUAAUGCUACUCUAAAACUCAAUUAGAAGUUUUGCAGUUUCACUUGAACUUUUCCUUAAUAUUUAAAAAAAUCACACAAAUGAAACAGCAAAUUUAGGAUAUGCCUUCCAUGAGAACAUAGACACAAAACAGCUGAAAAAUGGGAGGUUGUGCCAUUGCCUUCCACGUGCUACAAAUAUGUAUGACAGUAGAUGAAUGUUUCUUCUACUUUUGGCUUUAUUUGCAUCCAUUUCCACUAACACAGUUGUAAAUAUUUCUUUGUGCUUUGGGUAGGGAGGGAAUCCUCCCCCAACUCUUCGUGUCAGCCUAGAGACAUAGGUUAAAGUCAGAGUUUACUAACGCUGCAUAUUCUUAGCUAUGCAAAGCUGCUUGUGUCUAGACAAUUUUCACUUCCAAAGGAUAUGAAAUCUUAAAAUACAUGUGCUUGCAGUUAUCAAGAGCUGUAAAACAAGCCUUGUGAGACCUCAUCUAGUUUUGAACAAUCAAUGUCUGUAACUUCAUGUAUGUAACUAACACUCCUUACAAUUUUUAUUCCAAGGAGCACACACAGUCAUUUUUUCUGUUGAAAACAAAGAUCUGAAUUCCCCUGUUAGUCCUGUGUACUUUGAUUGUUUUAGGGGCAACAGAACAAAGAGAGAUGCCUGCCUUCCACUGCUUUGUAUCUUGAUCCUGCCCAAACCUGCUCAUGUGAUUAGUUAGAUCUGAACUGAUUUUUCAUGAGGCUGGGUAGAGAUGUAAGUGUUGGCAGGAUUGGCAUCUUUUUACUAGCCUUCCAAAUAUAGGGUGAAUCAGCAGGACUUUUUCAUGAUCAACAUAGGGUGCUCAACCCACAAAAGAGUGUGUCACUCAAGUGACAACUCAGAGGUGAACCAAAUGUACUUUGCCUUUAUCAUUAAGGCUGUACAGCUUCCUUUGCUUUAACAUAUUUCUGAUGUCUUGGGUCCUUUUUAAAAAACAUCUUAAUGUACAAUUUACUGUUCCAAAUACAUUCACACCAAAAUGAUCCUAGCAAUCUGGGCCUUGCAGGCUUUUCCAUUUAUGUUUGUUUUGAGGUGCUGCUAUGCUUGUGUACAAACUUCCAUUAGUAACUUUAUUUGAACACUCUGAGAGUAGGGUUGUUUAAUGGUAGCAAACUUCAAUGUGUGGUGCAAACGUGAGUCUUCUGGGUUUUUUGUUGUUGUUUUUUAACAGUUGAUGUGAAUUUAAAUGUGUGCUAGGAGGAUUUCCUGCUUACAGCAUGACUGAAUUUUUGUGUUUAAAUGCCAUUGCUAUGCAAUGAACAGAACCAAGGAACUACAUCUUUCAACUCUGCAUUGCCUUGCAGUCAGGUUGAGAAUGUUUGUAUUCAUGUGUGUGACUCUUCCACUUCACCAAAAAUGUAAUCAGCCUGAAACAGCAGAAACUCCUGAAGGAACUGAGGAGUUAUAUAACAGAAGGUCCUCCUUGAUUCUUUUUUCAUAUCCUGGCUUUACAGCAGUUUCUUCCACAUAACUAGCAGUGAAACAUAACAGAUGACUUGUGAUGAUGGAAACUGUACCUUUCACAACAACUGAUGCUUUACAUGCAUGCUUCAAGCACUUGCAUGCAGAGCAAGACUGACAGUACUUCUACCUACAGAUAUUUGCAAGUACAUCUGUGAUAAAGCUAGAUAUGAAAGAUAGACAUAUUGUUUUCAGCUUAGGGAAUUCAGCCCCUGAUUACAAUUUAAUUUAAACUUGUCAUUAUUUGGAAUGGAUGAGUAAUAAAUCUCAUGGGUGAGUCUUUCCCAAAGCAUGUGUGAGUUACUCUCAAUAAAGCUGACUAAUGUCCUUAAAAUACUUUUCUUCUCACUGGUGAGAUUUUGACUUAGUAGACAAAUUCAAAGUACAUCCAUGUUUAAUUUUUGCUGUUUGAGCCAGUAAACUUGCAAUGAGUUUCAAAAGCGAGCACUCAUUUCUUAGACCUAUUUUACAAGUGACAAUCCCAAAGAAGGAAUGUUGUCCUAGUAAUUGUGAAACUUUUAAGUAUGUUAAUGCAUGCAGAGAAAAAACCUUGUGCCAAAAUACUGUUCCAUAUUUCCCUCUUUUGGAAACUGAAGUGUUAUACAAAGCUACUAGUAAGUUAUUCACAAGUAUUGAAAUGUUUUGUUCACAAAUGAAGCACUUAGUCCUGUAAAUUAUACAUAUUUUGGAAUAAAGUUAAUUAAAU